CACAAUCACCCUCAUUUUACUUCGUUUCAUUUUCUUUUCUUUCCCUCAUCUUUGUUUUUCUUUACUUUUGUAGUGUUUAUUCACGAGUGGAAGUAUGCGAACGAAACAUACAUCUCUCAUCGUGUACUGAGAUUCAGUUCAUUUCCUACCUAGUCCAACUUGGGAAAUUGCUUCUUUCAGCGCUACGUCUUCGCCUUCCAACUCGCACCCGCGCCGUAACACAAUGGCGUCGACGUCGGGCCCUGCAUCUAUCCGGGUUGCUUUCGAAGGCUGUGGACAUGGUUGUCUGAAUGACAUUUAUGCUUCGGUGGAAAAGGCCGCGACGCUGAAAGGCUGGGAUGGCGUUGAUCUUUUGGUCAUCGGUGGAGAUUUCCAAGCUGUGAGAAAUUCAUAUGAUAUGGCUUGUAUGUCUGUUCCGCAAAAGUACAAAGAGCUGGGAGACUUCCAUGAGUACUACAGUGGUAAGCGCAAAGCUCCUUAUUUGACUAUUUUUAUCGGUGGCAAUCAUGAGGCUGGGAAUCACUUAUUUGAGCUUUACUACGGUGGAUGGGUGGCUCCUAAUAUCUACUACAUGGGAGCGGCCAAUGUCAUUCGUUGCGGUCCUUUACGUAUUGCGGGCAUAUCUGGCAUCUGGAAAUCAUAUGAUUACAGAAAACCGCACUCCGAACGGCUCCCAUACAACCGAGACGAUAUUCAGUCUAUCUAUUAUGUGAGAGAGCUGGAUAUCCGCAAGUUACUCCAGAUUCGCACUCAGGUCGACCUGGGCAUUUCACAUGACUGGCCAAAACAAAUUGAACUUUACGGUGAUUAUGACACGCUAUUCAGAAUUAAGAGAGGAUUCCGACAGGAUUCGGAGACUGGGAAAUUAGGAAACGUGGCCGCGAAAUAUGUUCUUGAUCGUCUGCGCCCGGCAUACUGGUUCUCUGCCCACUUGCAUGUAAAAUUCGCUGCUUGUCUUGAGCAUGGUGACUAUAUUGUCCCGGAGCAUCCAGGGGCGAAACGGCAGGUACCUACUCCUCAAGAAAUCACAGUCCAGUCUCAAAUUGCUCCAAAUAAGUUUGGGUUUGAUGGUGCCCUCGUCACAUCGCUGCUUGCUGAAGAAGACCACGCAAGCAAUCAGGUUUUGCCGGCGCACGAGACCCUGAGUAGAGCUAGCCCAGCUCAUGUUUUUCACAGCGAGAGCAUUGUGAAAGGCGUUGAUAUGCAGCAGCCCACUCCGCCCCAAGAUGGUCUCGGAGACACCCAAAGUAAGCUGUCGGCAUGGAAUAACUUUCACACAGUUGCUGCUAAGAACGAAGCCAUCGAAAAUUCCCGCUAUUUAGCGGAAGAACAUCGAAAUUUACCAGAAAUCCAACAUAACGUGACCUGGAGAAAGAUUGACAUCGGCGAGGAUGGAGUUGGUCGAAAGCUCACCGGCAUUGAGAGGGCUGUCUGUGCUGACGACACAGCUGUGAAUAAAAAGCAAAACGAUUCUUGUGAAGAGGCCGGUGCAGAUGCUGCCCCCGCAGCAAAGUUCUCGGCUAUGGGUCAAUCCUCCCUACCAGCUAGUCUCACUACGACUGCUAUUGAUGAUAGCGCCAAAUCUCCAGAAGGUGUUGAAACAAUCACGGCUGAGGUUCCUGAGAAUAUUCGAAACCAACUCCCUGCUAGCUUUGCACGGCCCAAGCCAGAUUCUUUCCCAGUGAAUGGCCCUCUGCCAGAGGCUAUCUGCAACAAAACUACGCGAUUCCUUGCUUUGGAUAAAUGUCUUCCGAAUCGUGAAUUUCUCCAACUAAUGGAAUUCAACGUUAUCUCAGACCUAGAAGGUGCUCAGUACGAGCGUCCUUAUCGCUUGCAGUAUGAUCGGGAAUGGCUUGCUAUCACACGUGUCUUCGCAAACGACCUUCAGCUAGGCGAUCCAACUGCUAAACCUCCUGCUGAUAAAGGUGACACUGUUUACGGCCCGCAAAUUGCGGAGGAAGAGAAAUGGAUAGAGGAACAUGUCGGAAAGACUGGAAAAAUGACCAUCCCUGAGAACUUUGUCCCAACUGCUCCACCUUACGAUCCCGCUGUCCCUAUCAUCACAGAAGAGAUGCCGCCCGAAUACAAUAACCCUCAAACCGCCCAGUUUUGCGAGCUAAUUGGUAUCGAAAACAAGUUCCAUCUUAGCGAUGAAGAACGAGAGGCCCGCAUGGCUGCUGGUCCGCGACCAAAUGAGCCUAGACAAAACUUCUUUCGGCAACCUCGUGAUGGCGGCUAUGGGCCUGGACGUGGUAGAGGCGGCGCUAGAGGUGGAGGUGGUAGGGGUGGAGGCCGUGGCCGUGGCCGGGGACGCGGACGCGGACGCGGAGGACAUCGUUGAUUGUUCAUCUGUGAGAUUUUUAAAAUCUUCCUGUAAUGUUUUCGUGACUAUUCGCAGGAAUGUUUCUCAUUGAGCAUAUAACCAACAUCUCCACUGAUACCAAUUGU